AUUAAGGUCGUUCUUGAUCCAAAGAUACAGCCAUAAGGACUGGUUUCCACUCAGCUUCUGCCCAAACAGGUGAGCCACGCAGCCGCGUCUUCAAACCGCACACCAGAAUGCCGCAGCUGUUAUAAUACAGCUGUUCUAUACAGCUGUUUUCCACACGGGUGUGCUUCUAUUCAGCUAUACUCCAAAUGGAUGUGAUUCAAGGCAGAUGUCUCCCACAGGUGCGCACGAGGCGCGGCCCCACCUCCCGCCUGGCUCCGCCCCCUCAUCGCUGCUCAGGUGCACAAGCCGGAAGUGCGCUCCCCUCCCAGGUGAGUGACUAAACUUUCCGGGUCACGUGAGCGGGAGGAGCCGGUGUAGUCCGGCCGAGCGACCGAGGAACGCACGGAGGGAUUCGAGCGAGGGAAUCAGACCGGGAACCUGAGUGAGAUCAAGGACGCCGGGGCCAGGUGCCAAGUCGUAAGCACCUCUGGCCCGAGAUGCGGUAGGAGCGGCGCGCAAGAAGCCCUGUCCCUGGUGCCACCAGCCUCUCUCCCCAGGCCCAUGGCGAGCCCCAGCCUGGGGCUGCUCCUGGCGCUCGGCCUGCCGCUGCUGCCGGCCCGCUGGGGCCGGGUCUGGGGGCAAACAUUGGAACCCACUGCACAUGAGAAUAACACCACUACCACCCCAUACCCCAGCUUCAAUGGGGCCCUGUCUAAGGAGGCCACCACUGCCAUCAUCGUGGUCUUCUCCCUCUUGGCUGCCCUGCUUCUGGCCGUGGGGCUGGUGCUGCUGGUGCGGAAACUGCGGGAGAAGCGGCAGACGGAAGGCACCUACCGGCCCAGCAGUGAGGAGCAGUUCUCCCACGCAACCGAGGCCCGGGCUCCCCAGGACUCCAAGGAGAAAGUGCAAGGGUGCCUGCCCAUCUAGGUCCCCUUCCUCUCUCCAUCUCCCUCCCUUGCUGUGUGACCUUGGGGGAAGGUGGAUCCCACUCUGAGCCUUCAAAACCUGGGCUUAAGAGUAGAAGGGAAAAAGGUGCUUCAAAACUCUGCCCCUGAGGGCAAGAGAGGGUGGGGAUGCUCAUAUUUUAUAUAUAUAUAUAUGUGUAAAAUUGGUAGUGAGAUAUAAUAAAACCUUUUUUUGAACUGGU